AUGGCCACUGUCGAAGCAUGCGGUUACUGCCAGUGCCAUUGGCCGGAUGGAAGCCACUGCUGCGCAGUGCAUGCAAACGGCAGAACUUGCGAUGACGUCUGCAGCACUGCCGUCUACGGGGAAACGAACUUGGGCAACAAAGUCUAUUGCAAUGCGGGAGGCUCCUCUAACUGCAUCUCGGCCACGACGUACAGAUUUACGCGUGCCCACUGCAUCGUAUGUUAUCCAUCUUCGCCUUAA